CAAUAUACAAAGGUAGUGUGCUCCUGCCUCCGCGUGGUUUCCAUCCCCGCGCGCGCCGCCCCUCUCCGCUGCCGGCCUCCGCUCCUCCUCCGGCGCCGUCGCCGUCCCAUCGGCCUCCGCUUGCCGCCCGCUCCGCGCUAUUCACCCCGGCCGGCAGUGACAAUGGCAAGGCUUGCAGCUGAAGACCCAUUGGUUCGCGAUGAAGCCAUAUUGGAUGAUGAUGAUGAUGAUGUUGAUACCGACGAGGAAGAGUCCGAGUCGGAAGAUGAUUCAGGGGAGGAAUUCCAUGCCGAGCCUUCCAAGAAAGCUGUCUACAACAAGGAGGGGAUCCUGGAGAAGCUCGAGGACAUUGCGUGGCCGGAGAAUGUGGACUGGAGGCACAAGCUCACUAUCGAACAUGACCAGGGGGAGAAAGUCGAUGUGAACGACGAUCUUGCUCGUGAGCUUGCGUUCUACACGCAGGCUUUGGAUGGUACGAGGCAGGCCUUUGAGAAGUUGCAGUCUAUGAAGGUCCGGUUUCUCAGGCCGGCUGAUUACUAUGCUGAGAUGGUUAAGACCGACGCUCACAUGCACAAGAUCAAGGGGAGGCUCUUGUCUGAGAAGAAGAAGAUUGAGGAGGCUGAGGAGAGGAAGAAGGCGAGAGAGGCCAAGAAGAGGGCGAAGGAGGUGCAGGCACAGAAAGAAAAGGAGAGGGCCAAGCAGAAGAAAGAACAGAUUGAGUCCGUCAAGAAGUGGAGGAAGCAGAGGCAGCAAGGGGGCUUUGCCAAGGGAAAUGAUGAUGGGCCAGAUCUGAAUUUUGAAGGUGACGAAGGGUUCAAGCAAUCAAAGAAAAAGAGGCCUGGUGUUUCUCCUGGUGAUAGGUCUGGUGGUCUUGCUAAGAAGGGUAAACAAGGAAAGAACAGGAAAUCAAGGGAUUCCAAGUUUGGGCAUGGUGGUCGGAAAGGGCUGAAGAAGCAAAACACUGCGGAGACGACAAAUGACUUCAGAGGAUUCAACCAGAUGGACAAGUCACAAAACAAGAGGAGAAAAAUGGGUUGACGCGAUAUUGUAAGAAUCUGCGUCUGCUUCCUUGAGCUGUAUUACUAGUUGUUUUUGGUAACUUUAUUUUACUGCAGUACAUCGUUGCUAGAUGCGAACGUUAGUUGAGAUAGAUUGUAGGAGGCAGUUAAAACAAAAGACCAUUUUAUGUUUUAACUAUGCUGUUCUCCACAAGAUAUUUGCAUGUAUCUGGUGAUGGCCCUUUUUCGUUGUGUGAUGUGGAAGAAUCAAUCUUACCCUGGAAUUAUCCUAAGAGUGUCUUAAGGAUGCUUGGUGCACUUCCUGUUUUGAUAUGUUAUCUUUCUGACCGUUAUUUUAUAUUGAUGCAACAAAACUGAAACGUAAA